AUGUCUGCUAUGUACGCUUGUUGUUCAUAUUCUUUUAGCCACAUAUGUACAAUCGAUUAAUUAGACGCAUGUUCCUUAGUCUCGCUCGACGACGAUAUCAUCCCUUGUUUUAACUGCAAUAGCUUUACGCAGUAGUAGUAGUAGUGGUAACCGUGCACCAGCAAAACAACAACGAGGAAGGUGAACGCCGCGGAUUAUUUAUUAGUUUUACCGCAUAGGUGCUUAUCAUUACACAUUAGUACAGGUGUGUCGCGAGACUAUGUUGAAACAUGUUCAUCGGAAUCAUUGUAUACUACACAUAUACACGAUGGUACACUUAUAGUAUAACAAGUAUGCAUUAUUUCAUUACAAUUCAUCGAACGAAACCUAAGCGAAUACCGCCGCCGCCGCCGCCGCCGCUUGUAUUCUGCCAAAUUAUUCUCCUCCUUAUUAUCCUCAGCUUACAGCUAGACUGUGUAGAUAAAAAUGUAGAGACUGCAGUUUUUUUAUUCGACGGACAAUUGCUGUGUCACGCAGAAAAUAGUCGUUCGCAAUCGUUUUCAACAGUCAUUGCCGUUCGAAGAACGCGAGACAAUGCGUCGCGUUGAAAACGCGAAUGUACGAGAUUUUGCUCGCAAACGAAUAAUAAUUACUUUCACCGCGAGCUCUGCUGCUGAUUAUCUUUCGACAGAUAUUUUCUGAUCUUUUACGCGCAUUCCCCUUAUCCAUUUACCCAUACAUACUCGUCAGGCGCGACUCUCCGAAUACAUACGAGCUAUCGCUAUCGCGCACUCAAAAGUCGAGUCGUUGGCUGACCUUUGUUUCUUUUCUCUCUUCUUCGGAGACGACUGAGAACGAGACUGUUCGUCGUUGACGACCGCGUGGAGAAUGAACCAUCAUGACCAUUGUGUAGCGAUAAUAUGAACUGAAUACAAUAGCAACUGUUUCUGUCGCUUAUUCCGUACCGUAGUAGAUACCAGAAACCCAGAAGGGGUGUAUUAUACCCUGAACCCCCAUAAAUAUUGAAAUCGCUAUCUAUUUUUACGCUCUGCGUAUAGUAGGUACGAACGGUAGGCGGCGGUAGUACAUCGUUUCGAUCAUCGAUAUACCAGCAGCCGCUCUGACGAUUUCAUUCAUAAUUCAGACCUGGAAUGAAUCAACUUCACAUAUUCCUGAUCGACAAUCCAGCGAUCCUGUACCGGUCGCACAUUUCGGUUUUCCGGUAAGCACCAGGUUAACCAGACGCUGAGCGAGUUUCUUACGCACCACCGCGGCAGCCGCCGCCGCCGCCGCCGCCGCCAGAGAAAUCAUCCUCUUUACGUUUCUGUUUCGGUUCCGGAAAUUCCGAUCACGUUCGAACGUGAAUUCGUGUCGCCGCGGUGAGAAUCCCAAAAAAACGGAGACGAUUGGCGGCUGUAGCCGGGGUUAAAUAUAGCAUCCAGCCGGGUUCGAGGCUGUUGGUCAUCUGCCAGAACUGCUCGAACAGAACUCCCGCUUUUCUCGUCGACGACGACGGCCAGCACGAAAAGUCCGCCGCAGCAGUCUAUCUCUACCACGGAUCGUGUACCGCGCGAGUUCUGCCAAACGAAUCGCGUAUCAGGGUCCAAUCGAGAGUAGCUUCGUUUCGUUGUUAGCGUUCUCUUCUCUCCGUUCACGGUGUCUCUUAAUCCCCGAGUCAGACAGAGAGCAGGAGGAGGAGGAGGAGGAGGAGGAGGAGGAAGAAGAAGAAGUAGAAGAAGAAGAAGAAAAAGAAGAGAGAGCGGACGAAGGAAAGAUGGCCAUCACGAGGGAGGAAUUGGCAGCUCUAAUUUAUUGGCGUGAUCCAAAGAAAUCGGGCCCCGUGUUCGGAUGUAUACUCGGCGUGCUCCUCUCGUUGGCCUACUUCAGCCUGAUAAGCGUACUGGCUUACGCGUCUCUUCUCGUCCUCACCGGUACCAUAGCUUUCAGGAUCCACAACACCAUUUUUCAGGCUAUUCAGAAGACUUCCGACGGGCAUCCUUUCCAAAACAUUUUGGAGUUGGAUUUGACACUGCCCACGGAGAAGGUGCACGAAGUGGCAGACGUGGCCGUCGCGCAUUUGAACGCAGCGGUCUGUGAACUUCGUAGACUCUUCCUCGUCGAGGAUUUCGUGGAUUCGUUGAAAUUCGGCGUCCUCCUAUGGUGUCUCACUUACGUGGGUUCCUGGUUCAACGGCAUGACUCUAAUUAUAAUUGGUGUAGUCGCCCUGUUCACGUUACCCAAGGUGUACGAGACGAACAAAGCACAAAUCGACCAGAAUCUCGCCCUGGUGCAAAGCAAGAUCAACGAGCUCACUAAUAAAGUGAAAGCUGCGAUACCAUUCGGAAAGAAAGAACCCAAGAAGGAAGAAUAAAAUGUGAGAGUGUACCACGACCAUCACCACCAUCACUACCACAAUCACCACCAACACCAUCACCACAACCAGCAUGCGGGGACGGAAAAAUUUAAACGUAUUUGUCGGAUUAUUAUGGAAUGCGAUCCAUAAUUUUUCGAUGCAUUCGCUUGAAUUUCUCCUCCUCUUUAGCGCGCGCGCGGGGACGAGGAGAGAAAGGUGCUGAAGAGACGUUGUAAAACAAACAAACAUAGGAAGAAGAAAAAAUAACGCGUGCAGCUCGAAAGAAGAAUCAACGACGGACGGAUAGAACGAUAACGAUAAAGACGGGUGUGGCACGACAGCCACAGAAAAGUAAGAAUCGCGAACAGAGUCCAACAAACGCUCGUUUACUAGCGGAAACUAUAUAAACGAUGUGCCACACAAAAAAUCAACAGCAAAAAGUACAGGAGAAGGUUCCUGGCAUCCAGCAGGUUGUGCAAGCUGCGGAGUAACGAAGUAGUAACCAUUAUUCCUUUUCAAUCCUGCUGAAACUAACGGCAGGUCCAUGUUGUACCAGGAUGCACACGAGAAACGGUUAAAGAGUGGUUGCAACGCAAUAGAAGCAUGGCUUGCAAGGAAAGUGUAUCGCGGCGGGAGAGCACAUUGAAAACCGGAAAAUAAAUAUAUAUAAAUGUAAA